CGGGGAGUCGACUGUCUGUGUGCCAUAUGGUCUACUCAUUUCUCGUCCAAACUGUUACUCCUGGACCGUGCAGACUAUUGUAUUCUACGUUUUUUGGCUGCGAAGAUGACAAUGUAGCGUCUAACGACUCUUUGCGCUCGAAAAGAAAAAGACAGCUCAGCGAAGUAGCGCAACAAGUUCACGCUGAAUUCACGUUCCGAAGUUCGACGACGGGAACGAAAUAUCACGUCGAUGGUCUAAGCGAAGAACAAUUGGCAGCAAAAGAAAUGGGCACGUUUAGUCUUCCUCGGGGUUGUCCGUUCAAGGAGAGCAAAGUGGUGCUGUGGCUUACGCAAGCAAAAUGUGGGUAUGUGUUUAUUAUGGAUCCUGAUGAAAAUCGUAUGUUGGCGGAAAGUGUGCUGAGCCAAUUGGUGAAGCAAAUCGACACUAAUGUAAGGAAGCAAGAUGAGGCUCCAUCGAAGGUGUUGCUAAAGGUGGACAGAAUGGGUGCUAUUGUGCAUCUGUUCUUACCAAAUGGGCAGUUACAGUUCAUGAAUCAUCGCGUGAUAGAACAAUAUCAGAAGGAGUUGGACAUUCUCUUAGCUGGCAAGUAGAACAGCAAAGCGAAAGAAAGGUGAACGAUGUGUACAGUUGUAUGUAGAUUUUGUAUAUGUAAUAGUUAAAUACUCAUGUUAAGAUAUCGGUAUGGGAAUGUAUUGCUUUGUGUAUUUUAUUAGGUGUAUUUUGUACAUGCAGUUACUU